UAUGAAGUGUGCGGUUCUGCUCCUGAGCGCUGCGGCAGCGGGCGUCCUUAGCUUCGACAGCUAUGACUUGGUGCGGCAGGAAUGGGAGACUUUUAAGCUGGAACACAAAAAGCAAUAUUCAUCAUUGGAGGAAGAGAGAGAACGCAUGAAGAUAUACGUCGAUAAUAAAUUCAAGGUCGCUCAGCACAACAAGGCCCACGCUCAAGGGCUUACGUCCUUCACGCUCGCGCUGAAUGAGUUCUCUGACCACUACCCAGAGGAAAUACAGCGCAUGCGAGGCUACAAAUCCAAAAUGGGUCGUCCUGCUACAACCUUGCAGCAACACAGCCUACCCCCCGAUGACCUACCUUUGACCAUGAAUUGGGUUUCUAAAGGUGCCGUGACGGGGGUCAAGGACCAGGGUGCAUGCGGCUCCUGUUGGGCAUUUAGUGCCACCGGAGCUCUCGAGGGACAGUAUUUCCGAAAAACAGGACAGUUGGUUUCACUAUCCGAACAGAACCUUCUUGACUGUUCUGAAAUCUACGGCAAUGAUGACGGCUGUGUUAAGGGCGGUGUCGUGCAAUUUGCCUACGCGUACGUCGCAGGCAAUGGCGGCCUUAAUAUGGAGAAAUUCUACCCCUACAAAAAAGUUCAAGGCUUGUGCAGGUAUAACCCUAAAUACUCUAGUAAUAUGACCGUCAAAGGCUACGAAGAUCUACCUUCCGGGGAUGAAGGGUAUCUCCAAAGUGCGGUGGCAAAUAUAGGACCGAUGUCCAUCGCUAUGGACUCCAGUCAAGUCAGUUUUGAACUAUACAAUGACGGGGUGUACUACGAUAAGGCCUGCUCUUCUACGGAUCUGGAUCACUUGGUGCUGGUGGUGGGGUACGGCACGGAGCAGCCAGGUGGAGACUAUUGGCUGGUCAAGAAUUCUUGGGGAAAAACCUGGGGCAAGAACGGAUACAUGAAACUGGCGCGCAACCGCGGCAACCACUGCGGCGUCGCGACCGAGGCCUCCUAUCCUUUGCUCUAACCACUUUAUAACGGUUAUAAUAAAGAACUUAUGGAGCACAAUUUGGGGUAUGAAGGGCUAGGAAGUUGGUGCGCAACCACGGCAACCACUGCGUCGCGACUGAAGUCUCAUAAUCCAAUUCCAUAGCCAUUAGGGAAUAAAUAAAUAAAAUACGUCCGAAGGGAAUCAUUUUAAUAAAAUUCAUAAUUAAUUUUUAUUUAUUUAUUCAUUUAAAUAUCAUACAA